AUGAACAUGAAUCGUGCUGCUGAAAUCUUUCGCCUGCUUGUCUGUCUAUCGCCCCUCGAAGACCCGAGAGUGGAAGACUCCUGUCCGACACAAAUCAGCGCAGCGGACAAACAAAGCAUGGACUACAUGAACAUGUUCCAGGGCGGUGGCCAUCAAGCCGGCUACUUCGUUCCUCAGUACAACGCCAUGGGCCAGGCGGCACCUCAUCAACACCAAGAACGACACCAGGCUCAGCAACGGCAACAGCAUGGCUACCCGUCGUUUCCGUACACGAACGAGCACUUGAUGGUGCUUGCCCAGAUGCAGCACCAGAGGACUAUGAUGGGCCAGGUUCAUGACGCAAGCCUUUCACCAACGUCGAAGCAGGACCAGCCUAAGCCGAGGCUCUCAAAGGACGAGGUUGAUCUGUUGGAGAAGGAAUUCCAGAAGAACCACAAACCCACCAGUGCCAGGAAACGGGAAAUCGCAGAACUACUGAAAGUUGACCUGCCAAGGAUUAAUAACUGGUUUCAAAACCGGAGGGCAAAGGAAAAGGGAAUUAAAAAGACGCAAGAGUUUGCGGCGCGCCAGGCGGCAGAGCAGGCCGAGCAACAGUCUGAAUCAGGAUCGACCAACAAGGAGGAGCAGGAUGGAGAAGGUAGCGAUGGUGAGAGCACCGACAACGAUCACACCCUUGCUCAGCCAUCAACCGCCCCUUUCCCCACCAAUAAUGUGUCGACCAACAGCGGAGUUGAGGAGGAGGGUUCGACAGUUUCCACAAGCACUAGCCAUACACCUGUCGAGCCAACUGUCAUGACGAAAGAAGAUUUGGCCAGAGAUGGCGAUGAAUAUCCAUCACCUCAGUCACUGCCAUUCCAGAGUACCGACCAGGCUUCGGACUUCAACUUUCAACACAACUUUGUCGCCAUGUCUGAGGACCAAGGUUUCAGCAGCGACUAUUCGCAGUCGGGCUUGCCUCUCAAUGGUCUGCCCGCCCAGUUCACUCACGAUGGAUUCUCAGUCUCGGACCAACUGUCCUUUGUCGGCCAUCAAUACACCAGUGCCGUUGACAACGAGGCGAUAAUUGCUCCCACACCGUCGUUCCCGUCGCAGCUGCUUGGACGUCUGGAAUAUCAGGAUAUGGAUGCCAACCAGGCGGCCUCAUUCGACUUGCAGGGCAUGCAGGUCGAGUCACCCACCGCUCUGACGACCAUUCCAGACGACGGGUCGCCAAACUCGAUGCCCACGUCGCCACCGACUCCUUCCGACCUUCGAUUCAAGUCGCCUCCUCCACCUGCAAACUUGGCCUCGCGAAGGAACAAGGGUGUCCCGGCCCAGCUCAACGCCACCGCUCUCCGAAGCUAUUCAUAUGGUCCCAAGACUGGUCUCGACCUAUCUAAGCGUGCCGACUGCCCGAGCCCCAUUCGUCGCAUCGCGUCAGCCACAGGCCCUAUGCCAGGCAGGAUUCAAAAGUCCCUGACCCUGGGCACGGGAUCCUCAGCUCCCCGCUCACCCAUGUACCUGGAGCGCACCAAGGAUGCUUUGAUCCGCUCUUUCAGCAACACGACUCGUUCACCAGUGCCCCUCCAGCCCAUCAACACCUCCAUCUCGCCAAUGACGCCUAGUGACUACUAUGGAAUGCCGGCAGCAACGCAGGGAACCAGGGAGAAUACGGUUUCGUCAAGCGCAUCGGAUGAUGAGCAAAGCUUCGGCAUGGGUGCCAAUGGCGUGCAGCCCAAUGCUUCCGCCCUCUUCUCGACCCUCAAGACGCCACCUGGCACACCGGGUUUCAACAGUGGGUUUGUCUCGGACCAGCAACUCCCAACGAACCAAGUCAACACCUUCGAUGCUGCUUGGAACUUCAACCCGCAGGAUGAGCCUCUGGUGACUCCAGGACUGGGAAGCUUCGGAUCUGAGGAAUUCGCCAUGGCCCCUCCGGCGCCCGGCUACAUCGGUGGUAGCAGCCAACCUCCCACCCCAUCAUACCCGCAUAGCAUCGGUCCCACAUACGGAGGCAGCUUUCCAUGGGGUUCUGCAGCUAUUUUCAACGGUUCCAGGGUGGGCAUGCCUGGAGGCAACACCGAGUAUAACUUUCCCGAGUCCUUCGUACCCGACACAUCCGAUAUAUCUCCCAGUCUCUCUACCAAGGCCAGCAAGCAGUUUCAGUUCACCCAGAACGUAACGCCACGGGACUACAACACAGGUGUCGAGAAGUGA